UUGAGGGAGAAGCUGCGAGUGGGAAAGUAGGAGGAGCGCUGAGUGUGUGUGUGUAUUAUUAGAAUAGCGACACACACACUUGUGCUACACUGCAAGCAUGGCUGGCGACAGUGAAACGCAUCUUAAGGGCAGAGCAGAAAACGAGCACAACAUCCGACAGCCGUUCCUGAUCGGUGUGGCUGGAGGCACCGCCAGCGGAAAGUCUUCAGUAUGUGAGAAGAUCAUGGAGCUGCUGGGCCAGAAUAAGAUUGACCGUCACCAGCGGCAGGUGGUCAUCCUCAGUCAAGACAGCUUUUACAAGGAGCUCACACCUGAACAGAAAGCCAAAGCACUCAAGGGCCAGUUCAACUUCGAUCACCCAGAUGCUUUCGACAACGAGCUGGUGAUGAAGACUCUGCGUGACAUCAUUCAGGGGCAGACCGUGCACAUCCCAGUUUAUGACUUUGUUACACAUUCCAGGAAGGCUGAGUUUGUGACCGUAUAUCCAGCAGAUGUGGUCCUCUUUGAGGGGAUUCUCAUGUUCUACUCGCAAGAGAUUCGAGAUCUGUUCCAAAUGAAGCUGUUUGUGGACACGGACCCAGACACGCGGCUCUCGCGAAGAGUGUUGCGGGACAUCAGCGAGAGAGGCAGAGUGCUGGAGCAGGUUCUGAACCAGUACAUCACCUUUGUGAAGCCAGCCUUUGAGGAGUUCUGUCUUCCUACCAAAAAGUAUGCAGACGUCAUCAUCCCGAGAGGAGCAGACAAUCUCGUGGCUAUUAAUCUGAUUGUGCAGCAUAUUCAGGAUAUCCUGAACGGAGGAUUCACCAAACGACAGAACGGUUUUCAGAACGGCCACGGGACCCCCAGACAGAGACGGCCGUCUGAGUCGAGUCGACCUCACUGACCUCACUGUGACCUUCCCUCAGUCGAGGAGAGGGCAGAACUGAAUGCUAACAGUGUGCAUCCCAUUCAUCCAAUGACAGUGAAGGGAUACAUGAGCUGAAAUGCCUUUGUUAUUAUCACUAUUAUUUGCAUUUGAAAUGUUGUUGUUGUGGAUAAUUGUUUGCUGUUACAGGGUUUUGAAAGUGUUAUAUGUUUUUAUUUUUUUGGAAGGUUUGAUUGCACGCUCAGCCUGUCCUGUCAGCGUGUCGAUCUGCUUUCUUAGCUACUCAGAAAAUAAAUGAAUAGUUUGGAAA